CGUCGGAAGCAGGGACGGGCGGUAGUGUGGGUGUGUCCAAUGGGGUGCGCUUUUCAUUCAUAACUCCGGCGCAUCUCCGCGCUGCUCCUGAUUCAAGGAUGCAGACGUGGGGCAGGCUGGAGCGGAACCUGCAGCUCGGCGAGGCGGCCCCGAGCUCACCGAGGACCACCGCAAGCAUCAGUUGGCUCAGGCGGGUUGCCUGGUGGCAGCGGGGCACGUGCACGGAGCGGAAGAUGCUGAGGAUGUCAGUGUAGUCGCGCGCCUUCAACACCUUCUGUUUAGAACGAUUCGCCCACGCCGACCUGGACCAUGAGCAAUGAUUCGCCCGCUUUGACAACUCUGACGGAGAACUCUACAGAUGUCCCUGUGUCGGCGGGCCAGGUGGAAAAUUAUGUGCUGCUUUUGGUGCUACUGAGUAUUUUCGCUGGGGGGACGCUAGUUCUGCUCUCCCUGCUGCUGCUCUUCUGCCACCGCUGCUGCAUGGGUGGGCGUCGCUACUCCAGAGCGAGUGAUGACCCUGAGAAAACUAACACAACUUACGUUGAAGACUCUCAGCCCACACAAGAGAUCACCAUUCGUCUGGAUGAAACAGACGCUCUCUCAGCUUCCAGCUGUCACGACGGGGAGUCGGAGAGGUUCGUUUCCACCGGGCUGACAGGCCGCAGAGUAUCCUUCAACGAAUCCGCUCUGUACGAAAAGGAGAGGAUGACCGAGGACAAAGGACGCAGGUACACUCUAACCGAGGGUGAUUUUCACCACCUAAAAAAAGCUCGGCUGACUCACCUCCACCUGCCGCCGGCACCAUGUGACCUCAAAAUCCUCACCAUCAUGGAGUGUGACUCAAAUGAGAGCAGCUCUGUCAACAUCAGUGACGCGCCAACUCCUAAACUUCCUCUCACUAUUUACCAGCCGACUGAGAGAAGAGUGUCUGACUGGUUGGGUCAGAGCCGCAGCAGACGUCUCCCUGGCGACACACAUCAUUCCAUCCUCCUGGACCAGAUUCCUAGACGGGGUUCCCUGACUUUGGAGGCUCUCAGAGGCAGAGGGGAAGCUCAAGGUGAACACAUAAUGAGGGGGGAGACCACCCAUGCUUCCGGCCAGACGUCAGUUCUGCAGUUCUUGUCAAAACUGAGGCGACACACCAGUCUGGAGGGGGCUGGGCCCUAUUUCAAGCGUUGGAAGUUUGACAGGAGCCACCGGGCUGCCAGUCUGGAUGCCAAAGGGUCCCCAAAGAGAAGACCCUUCCAGAGGCAAAGAGCUGCAAGUGAAAACACUGAUCAUACUGAGGAUGACUCUUCAAUCCGAAACGAUACAACAGGGUCUUUUCCGCAGACUCCCAGUCAGACCAGCGGCCUCCAGUCUCUGUCUGCCGAAUCUCUGUCUCAACCUUCGAUGGGUCACACCACCUCCGUCUUCCUCCACAGGCUGGAGGCCGUGGUUGUGGAGGUCAGCGGUAUCAGCAGUAGAAGAGAAGAACCGCCUUGGCAAGCGGAUCAUUUCUCAAACCAGAGGCAAAUCAGCAUCUCAGGCAACAACCAGAGAGUCCAGGAAGGAUUAAAACCCGAUGCUGUCGCAAGGACAGACAGUGUCUGGCUUGAGUCUGAACCUCUACAAGAGGAUGAAUUGUUCAAGUCACAACAGGAAGCCAAAGUCAUCCAAUGUAAGGACUCGCCUAGGAAAACUCCAGAUGAUAAAACAAGCAAUCUGACUCAAAACUGUGAGAUGGAAGCUGAUGAAGGAGAAGAGGUAUUGUUAGAAGAUGAAAGCAGACCGAGGGCGGAUUCAGGUUCUUCUCUUUCCUUCGGGCUUCGGCAGGAGAUCUUAGAGUCUCAACCGUCUCUCUACAGAGACAUCUGGAGCUUACGAGCCUCCCUAGAGCAAUACGCCUCCUCGGACCAGAGCAGCACUGACAGGGAGUCUGUCCGCAGCGAUGCCGAAAGUGUCUCGUCACAGAGCGGAAACCGUACCGGACAGCUGGACAGCUGCUUGUCCCAAGACCUGGAUGAUGAACCCGAAGCAGAAGGAGAGGUGAUGGAAGGAGGUAUCAGAGGGGCAUCGGGGGGCGCCAGCGAGACCGGAAGUGGGGUUGACGGAGAAGGUGACGUGGGUAACCGCAAACUCCUUCAGAUGGAUAGCGGCUACGCCUCUAUUGAAACACCAUCCAAAGGCCCGGAGGAGAUGCGCAUUUUUGGGACUCCUGCAGCCCCACGUGGAAAAACGGCCUCAGAAAGAAGGUUGUUCUUCACAAGCUCAGGUAGAAAAGGUUCUGUGUGCGAGAGCACCGACACCAGGUUGUUCCAGGAAGAGAUGGAAGAAGAUUUAACUGAAAGCACAGAGGAGAAACACAAGACUAGUCUCUUGCUCCAACAACCCGUCAAAUUACUCGAUCCUCAGAAACAAGAUAACCUAACAACUCAACUGCUGAAGCCGAUAUCUCAGCCUUCCAGUCCUCACCGACCUCGCCUACACCGCCGCGACUACAGCAUCGACGAGAAGACCGACGCACUUUUCAACGAGUUCCUCCGACACGACCCCAGGUUCGACCAGCCAGAUUCGCCAUUUCGGACCAGGCACCGCUCCAGAGUGCACCUGAGGAAGCAGUGGCAAAGACACAAGCAAUACAGCGACCCGGGAACAGGGGGUCGUUACUCCCCAUCUCUGGAGAGACAGAGGUUCACCCCGCUACCGAGAGGCGACAGCGCCAGUUAUCCUUUGGACACCAGGUACCACAGCACACUCUCGCGCAUCGCCAGCGCGGCGGAUGAAGAAGCUAGCGAGAUAGCAGCUUGCGAAGAGGCAGCCAGAGAAAGCACAACAGAAGUGUCCGGCGAUGGAGCCGUCGCCUCAGAGAUUAUAUCAAAUGUGACUGGCCAGGGUGACGGUCAGCAAACUUCUUCCAACACUAAAAGCACAAGCAGUCAGCAGCCCGCCACCGGGCUUGCGCGCUGCAUGGACCCUCGAGUGGAAAACAGGAACAACAACAGCAGUCCGUCAAGCAAUCUGGCAGACAAACUGGCCGCGGCGGUGGAGGAGAGACUCUAUGGCAGCAUGCGGAGGGCUGAACUCGACCAGGGGGGAACGGAGAGCGUGGUCGCUGCCUCUCACACAGUCUCGCCUAACCAUAGUCCUAUGUAACCCAAUCAUACUCUGAUCUAUUUGAUAAAUUAGACUGUCCUGUGGUAGAUCAUAAAUACAUUGAAAGCUCUUUGUCAAAGAGUUCAAAUCUGGGAUCCGUAGAGAAUCCUUGUUUUCAGAGUUUUACUCCAUCAAUAGCAGUUAGAUUGUUUAUCUCAGUUGAAGUUUACUGUAAAACAGACCCCAAAUUGCUCAACCAAAUGACUCCACGUCAGUUCAUCAAACAAAAGUACAUUUUCUUAUUGCCAACAAAAUGUGAAACAAACCUUAGAUCAGGGGUGAGCAAACUAUUCUACAAAGGGCCGCAGUGGGUGCAGGUUGUUGUUGUUGCAACCCAUCAAGAGGACACCUCUUCACCAAUCUGGUGUCUUACGAGUGCAAUCAGUUGAUUGUAGUCAGGUGCUUCUUGUUUCCCAGGACCUCUCAUUUGGUUAAACUGCCUGUGCUGGAUUAGUUUUAAGGAACAGAACUCUGGUCCUUGAAGACCGGUUUGGAACUUAGGUGGGUGUUGGGAGAUAGCACCCCCCCAUUGGAUGGUCCAUUCAGAGGGUCCCAUUCAUGCUAAGAUAAUGCGGGGAGCUGAGGGGUCAGCUAAUAAAUUUUUACUAGCGCCCCCCCUAACCCACCCCUCCGUUACCUAGGUAGGAUAAUUGUCAUUCCAUCCCCAACCCUCCUGGUCAGACAGUCCCCUUGUGGGGGAAAGGGGGGGGGGGGGGUCACAAUCAUGCUAAGAUGAUGUGAGGAGCUGAGGGGUCUGCAAAAAAAUUUCAACUAGCGCCCCCCUUACCAUUAUUUAUUGAUUGAUUAUUAUAAUUGUCCACUAGCACCCCACUACCCUGUUGGACGGUCUACUUGCGGGGUCCCGUUUAUGCAAAGAUGACCCUAACCCUAGGGCCACGAAUAAUUUUCCACUAAUGCCCACUCCUUACCUACACCCCUUUACCUAGGUAGGAUGAUAAUUGUGCACUAGCACCCCCCCACCCCCACAGUCCUUAGGGACGGGGGGGUUCCCAACAUCUUAGACAUGCUUAGAUGAUGUGAGAAGCUGAGGGGUCUGCAAAUAAUUUUCCAUUAGCUCCUCCGUCCGUACUCCCCUUUACCUAGGUAGAAUGAUAAUUGUCCACUAGACCCCCCCCCCCCCCCGCCUUGUCAGACGGUCCACCGGGGGUUCCCAUUCAUGCUAAGAUGAUGCGCCCCCCCCCCCCCCCCGUCCAUUAGCACCCCUGCUCCUCACCUGCCCCUCUCCACUGCCCCCGGGCCUCCAGUCCGGGGUCCAGUUUGCGGGCGUAAAAAAGGGCAUGGUUUGGUGAAGGGAGGGUCAAAGAGAAAGCUAAGAUGAUAAUUUUCAACUACCAUGCCCCCUGUCGGACAGUCAACUCGAGGGAGUCCCAUUAAGGGUCCAAAAAAGUGUUAAGGGGCCCGUGAAUAACUUUUCCACUAGCGCCCCCCCGCCCCCACCCCUACCCCCUGCACCCGGGCCUCCAAGGGGUCCAGUUUGUGGGCGUAAAGUGGGCAUGUUUUGGUCAUGAGAGGGUCAAACAGAAAGGUAGUAGGAUAAUUGUCAACUAGCACCCCACUAGCACCUUGUUGGAAGGUCUACUCGUGGGGUCCCAUUUAUUCUAAGAUCAUGUGUGGAGGUGACGGGUCCACGAAUAAUAUUCCAGUAGCUCUUCUCAACCCGGGCCUCCAAGGGGCCAGGUUUGUGGGCACGGUUGGGUAAUGGGAGGGUCAAACACAAAGGUAGGAUGAUAGUUGUCCACUAGCACCCCACUACGCUGUCAGAAGGUCUACUUGCGGGGUCCCAUUUAUGCUAAGACGAUACGUGGAGCUUCAGGGUCUGCGAAUAAUUUUCCACUAGCGCCCCUACCCCCAUGCCAGGUUUGCGGGGAGGGUCAAACAGAAAGGAACGAUGAUAAUUGUUCACUAGCACCCCAGCACCCAGUCAGACGGUCUACUUGUGGGGUCCCAUUUAUACUCAUCAUCCCACCCAGGCCAAGUUCUGAUUUGUUCCGCCACUGCUUAGAUGGUAUAACACAUAUGACCAUAGAUAAUUAUAAUCCUUGAAACAGUGACUUUAAGACGCAGCAACCACACAAUACUCAGUUAUGGAUUCUGUCUGCGCCGAACUUGUGAUAAAGCGAUGGUAACACUGUAUUAUAACCUUCCUCGGGCAGCAUUUCCUCUCAGACCUUAAUCUCCACUGUGAUGCCAUGUGAUGUGACAUGUGUCGCCUCUUUUUAUCCGCUCAACAUAUUGCACAGAAUAACAUCUAGCGCCUCAGUCUUUGGAAAUAUUUUGAAACAAAUUGUGUUUACCGCAUGCGACUUCUACUACUAUCACUACUGUAUGUCCGAAACUAUGUAAGUGAAAGACUGUACAGUUUUAAAGUUGAAAAACAAAAAGCACUUUCAUGUUACCAUUUCUAUCAUGAACAACAAAUAUCCUC